AACAAAAUUCCAAUGUAGUGAUAAGAUUGAAUUGAGUUCUCAUUGCGCAGAUAUUCCUUUGCGAUGCAGAAGAAUAACAGGCACAAAUGUUUCAGCUAUUCCUUUCCUCAGUGUGCAGGCUCUGUUUUACAAUUUUUUAAUCAGUUAGAGAUUGCAGUGUGAGUGUCUGAAACCAGCAUGUAAAUGUGUGGUGAGUUUUAACAAAGUUUCAUUGUGUCUGCUGCAGUAUAUUUUGUCGAGUAUCUUCAGACCAGUGAAUAGAUUAUUAAAGAAGAGUUCACAGCAGAGACCAAAUACUGAGUAAUAGGUUGUCCAACAAUGUGUGGUUAGUGCAGUGUGUUUGGCAUUUUCACAUCCAUAUGAAUAUAUAGUAUCAUGUACAGUAUGUCCUGAUGAUGUUGCAGCUAAAGUAUUUCAAUGUACUCUACAUAUCUCUGCACAUGUGCUGAAAUUAGCAAAAUGGCAAGUGUUCAAUUGUAGUCUCAGGCAAGAUUUAAUUAAUGGCUACUUUACAAUACCAAAAUAAUGUUAAAAUGCAAGCCACACCAAUAUACCUAGACAUGUCUAAACACUGUAAUAUCAAGAUGAUAAUAUUUAUGCAUAUACAUUUACAUAACAGUUAUUACUGUGGUCAAACACUGGUGAAAGGACGAUAAUAAUGUUGCCAAUUCCACUCUGUCUUCUUCUAUUGUUACAUGUAACUUACUUUAUGUAUUUUAGAUUCUCUGAAUCAGUGUAACCGCGCUGCUAAGAUCGAAAGUGGUUGUAAAAUUCACCUUCUCUUUUCAACGUGCAACUAUGACGCUGACCAGCUCUAUGCAAACUUAUUUUUGCACUGAAUCAUCUCUGACGCACCAUUUUUAGUACGGUCAGAAAAUGUAGAAAGUGUUAUUGUCCAGCCUAUACUGUAUAUAGUUUGUCCAUAUGUUCACUAUAUGUAAAACAUGCUGAAGAUGUGUCCAUGCACCAGUGAAUAUGAUUUGAAUACAAUGAUUUGAAUAAGGGCAGCUGUGUCCACUCAUCAUUAUUGCACAGUCCAUCACUGGUGUGUGGUGCAACGAUGAGCAGGACUGCAGGCUGCUGCCAGAGCUGUCUGCAUUAUGAAACACCAAAAACACUGGUUAUUCCAAACGUACGGAUAGGAUGUGUCUUCAGGUUCACCCAACUUCUGGUGGUGCUGUAUGUGGUGGGGUAUGUGUGUGUGGUGCAGAAGGCCUACCAGGAGACAGACUCUGUCAUCAGUACCGUCUCCACCAAAGUGAAAGGUUUUGCCUUCACCAACACAUCUGACAUGGACCCCCGAUUUUGGGAUGUGGCUGAUUAUGUUAUCCCACCUCAGGGUGAUAAUUCAUUCUUUGUGUUAACAAAUAUGGUUGUUACCCCCCGUCAAACUCAGUCCCGUUGUCCUGAGCUUCCAAACCCAUCAACUACUUGUGUGGAUGAUUGUGACUGUAUCAAGGGACACAGUGAUCCUCAAGGCAAUGGUAUACAGACAGGGCUGUGUGAGAACUAUUCCACGACUGUCCGGACCUGUGAAGUGCUCUCAUGGUGCCCUCUUGAAAUAGACACUAAGCUGCCUGAACCUGCACUGCUGGCUGUAGCAGAGAACUUCAGUGUGCUGAUCAAAAACAGCAUAACAUACCCGAAGUUCAACUUUCACAGAAGAAACAUACUGCCACAUAUUAACUCCUCAUACCUGAAGAGGUGUGAGUUCAAUCGUACAACAGACCCUGACUGCCCAAUAUUCCGCCUCAAACACAUCGUUUCAGAGGCUGGAGAGGAAUUUGAAGACAUGGCUGUGAAGGGUGGUAUACUCGGUAUUAUUAUUGACUGGAGCUGUGACCUGGACCGGUGGGCAGGGAAGUGUUACCCCAAAUACAGCUUCCGCAGGCUGGACAACAAAAAUCCUGUCAAUAAUGUGGCCCCUGGAUACAACUUCAGGUUUGCAAAAUACUACAAGACCCCAGAUGGAGAGGAAACUAGAACCUUAAUCAAAGCAUACGGGAUCCGAUUUGACGUCCUUGUGUUUGGAACUGCAGGAAAAUUUGGAAUUGUACCAACCAUAGUGAACUUGGGUGCAGCACUAUCAUUCCUCAGUUUGGUUCCCAUAGUUUCCGACUGGUUUAUGUUGAAAUGCAUGAGAAAAAGAGAUCUUUACAACAAACAUAAAGUCACAUAUCUAAAUGAGGAGACUGAAUCAAUGUCAAUGGGCACCGCCUAUGGAACCCAGUAGCAUAGUCACAUCAACAUGGGAACAUUUUUCUGCAGAGGGAUCUGAACCUGCUCAAAAAAAGAAACUGACAUGAAAACAGAGAUUUUCAACAUCAUUUGAAUUCUUCAAU